AUGAUCAUCCAUUUUAGUUAAUUGUUGUCAUUCUUGUUAUUAGUUAGGUAAACACUCAUUAUAAUAAACAUAGGUAAGUAAAAUGUUAGUGUGAAUUUUUACCUUUUGAAAAUGAAUUGAAUAUUUAAAAUCCAUAAGGAGAAUAUGUCUAAGAGUUGCCUAUAUAAGUAAUUCAAGGUGAGUAGAAUGUAGGAUUUGGAAUUUGGAUGAAUUAUCGACCAUUACUAAUAAUGGAAGAAUUAGGUAUAUUUUUAAACAAAAAUUUUAGAUGAAAGGAAUUCAAAAAUUGUAAUCUCAAAAACAGAGAAAAUUAUUAUCAAUGAAGGAGAUUUUAUUUACUUAAUUGAAUAAAGAAUUAAUAAAUAUAAAAUAAUUGUUGUUUCUGUAUCCAUUGAUUCAACAACAUAAAGUAUUUAUUAUCAAAUUUUUUAUUCUUUUAAAUAAAAUAUAGAUACUCUUAUUUUUGCUGUUGAUAUUUUAAAAUAUGAAGGAAUUUGGAUAAUGUUUUAUGUUUAUUUUGAUUAGAAUAAAAAGUAAACUACUUUCGGAAUUUAUAACCCUUUAGAAGUUAUACCAACCCAAACUGUUAAUGAUUUGCCUUAUUUUGAAUUGAAUAUACUACAUAAAUUUGGAGGCUUAAUUAAUUAUUAAAAUUAGAAUAGAGAAUGGGUAAUACUUAAUCGAUUCCAUGGUAUAAUAGAUUAUACAUUCACGACAAACGAAGAAAAUAUUUUUUCCGAUUUUGAGUCUUGCCCUAAUCCUAGUUUAUCAUAUGAUAUUUGCUAUGAUGAGGAGCGUAUAAUUUUUAAUUUAUAGGGAUAUAAUUAAGCUCUUAGUGGUGAGAAAUUUUAUGAAAGAAGAAUAGAGUAAGCAGUAAAAACAACAAUUUAUGUAUUGAAUGGAUGGCUUAAAUUAAAUCAUUUAAGCCAUUUUUAACUUGAGACUGUAAUAUUUCGAAUCACAAGCAGUGAUAAUUAUAAUGAUGAUUUAUACUUCGGAGAUCAAUAGGCUCUUCUUAAAUAUUAUUAAAACAAUAAUCCUAUAAAUAAUGGAUUAGAAAUAUCAACAUAUUCAUAUUAAUUUCCUUUAAAGAGAAAGUAAAAGACAGAUAAUAACCAGAAAGUUUCUUAAUUUGGGGAAGAGUUUUAAGAAUUGUUAAUAAAUUGGCAUUACUUUGAUUAUUAAGUUGGUACUUUAAAUAAUAAUGGAUAACCAAUACUUUAAAUAUAUUUUCCUACAAUUAAUGAGAUCAGACAAUACAAAUGGUCUGAACCUAUAUAACAUUUUAAAUAAACUAACUAUUAUAUAUUGUUUGGAGGAGAUCACUAUUCUAAAACUUUUAUGUCAGGAUAUGCGAGUGGUAUAAAUAUAGAAUUCUUUUGUGAACCAUAAGAAAUAUUAUUUAGUCUAUAAUGUCAUUAUUCUUGUUUAACAUGCGAUGGUCCAACAUCAUAAAACUGUUUAAGUUGUUCUGAGAUCAGUUUUAGAUAAUUUUAAGAAACUUAAAGGACAUGUUAAUGUUAAAAAGGAUUUUUAGAUUUAGAUGAUUAAAUGGAAUGUAAAUCUGCUCUUCAGGAACUAUUUCAUAUAUCUAAGUAAGAAAUUGAAUUAAAAUGUUCAAAACCAGGUUAGAGUGAUUGCCAUGAUUAGAAUAUUUAAUGUGAUUUUGGAUACUUUGAAUACAAUAAUAACUGCAUUUAAUGGUUUUCUAUAUUUCUUUAUUCUUAGUCCUUUUUAAAAAGAAGCAUUAUAAGGAACUAAAAUAUUUUGUUUAAAUUGUAUCACCGAACCCAAAGAUUUUGCUAAAACACUUUUAUGUUCAUAAGAUGCUGAGACUUAUUUUACUAAUAUAGACUAUGUAUUUAAAAUUAAGGAUAAAUUCUCGCAUUAAUCAAGUCCAUUUGAAAUUUAAUUAGAUGAAAAUUAAAAUUACAUAGUUAAAUUAAGUUUAAGCCUAAAAAUAUAAGAGGGAUGCAAAGAAGGAUAUUUUUUAAAAGAAAACAAAUGUUACCCAUGUUCAGAAAUGUGUCUACGGUGUUAAUCUUCUUCUGAAUGCUAUUGUUGUAUUGAUGGCUUUUUUGCUGAUUCAAAUAAAUAAUGUCGUGAAUGUAAAAAUUGUAAGACUUGUUCAUCAUUAGAAUUCUGCUUAUCUUGUAAUGAAGGAUAACAAUGGCAUUAUUAUAAUUGUAUAACUUGUGGUCAUAAUUGUAAAAGUUGUGAUUAUAAUGGCUAUUGCUUGUAGUGUAAUGAAUCUCCUUCAUUAUAUUAUGUAUCUUUGGAUGGAAAAAAUUGUAGAGAAUGCAACAUUGAAAAUUGUAUUUAUUGUUUUGAAUACAUUUAUAAUGGAGGACUUUAUUACACAAACCUAGAUCUUAAAUUUAAUAUAAUAAAUUAUGAUAUCUUUUCUGUGUUUUUUAGUUGUGCAUUGUGUAAAGAAAACUACUUUUUUAAUUCAAAUUCUCAAAAAUGCGAACUGAAACCUUUAAAUGAUGAUUGUGAUUUUGCUAUAAUUUUUACUGAUUCAACUCAAAAAUGCAUAAUUAGCUCUAAAAAUAUUGAUGCUGUUUAAAAUAUUGAUUGUCUUACUCUUUAAUAUUGUAAAUAGUGCAUUAAAAAUUAUAAUCAAAAUGAUAGCUUUUGUAUUUUAUGUGAAGAUGGAUAUUAUUCAAGUUUAUUAACCGGACAAUGCAAAUAAUGUGCAAUAAUAUGUAAAACUUGUAUUGAAUAAAAUAAAUAAUAACAAGAUUUCUGGAAAUGGGACAUUAAAGCCACUCAUUAAUUAUUUUAAAAUUUAAACAACAAUCGUCUUAUUGAAAACUAUGAAACUAUUAUGAAUUUAGAAUAAAUAUGCACUUCAUGUCAAAUAGGAUAUGUUUUAUAUAAACAUUAAUGUAUUAAGGAUUGUGAUAAAACCUGUGAAAAAUGUGAAAUAAUCAAUGAAUAAUCUACUUGUGUAUAAUGUCAUGAAACAUAAUCAGGUUUUCUAAAAAGUAUAAAUUCUAAAGGAAUAUGUUAAUAAUGUCCAUUUAAUUGUGUAGCUUGUUUAGAUAGGACUAAAGAAGAAAUCUAUGAAAUAAAUCCAUAUUUUAUUAUGACUAAUUUAAAUGAACAAUUUACAAGAAAAUGUUUUGAGAAAACUAGAAAAAUAAAUGAAUAUGAAAAUUAUUUUUAUGAUUCAUACACGUAGUAAAUAAAUACUUGCAAUCUGUACAACUAGUGCUAUAACAAAAUUUUAAUAAAAUAAAACUUAUAUUGUGAUGAUGGAUAAUACAAUACACUAAAAUAUGAUGCAAUCCUUAAAGGUGAUAAAUUAUUUGAAUAUAAAAAUAUAUGGAUAAGAAAUUUAUUUGAGGAGGGUUUAUACUUCACAAAAUUAGAAACUCCUUCACUUUAUAAAUAUUUGAAUGAGAUAUCAAUUAGAGAAGUUGAAUAUUAAUUUACAUUGAUAUAGAAUGAAAUUACAGAAUGCUUUUUUACAUAAUUUAAUUAAAUAAAUCAAAAAAUCUAACAAAAUGUAUUUACUUUAUAAUAAGUUAACAUUCUUUUUAUAGGAGAAGCUUAACCCACAGUUUUGCGUGUUUUUAGCAAUCUUACAUUUAGUAAUUUUACAACUAUUAGUUUUCAUAAAAUUUAAUUUAGGUUUUCUAGAUUUUCAUAUGAUAGUAUUAAGUUAGAUUAUUUUCCUGUUUCCUUAUUUAGCAUUAAAAAGAGUAUAAGUUUAAGAAUUAUUAACUGCACUUUUACAAAUUAUGAUGAUACUGAAACCAAUUACUCUCUAACAAUAAAAUCAAACAUACCCUAUACUUUAUAUAUAGAAGACUUAAUUAUAUCUAAAUUUUACAUUUACAACUCAGAUAUUUUUGUACUAACAGCACAGGAAAGUCUUACAAAGAAUUCUAUUUAAUUAAAAAAUGUUUUGAUUAUAGAUUCUUAUUUUUAUAAUUCUAGUUUCCUAAAAUUUUAAGCAUAAAAUAAUGAUUUAUCACAAAACUUAGAAUUAUAUUAGAUUUAGAUAUUAAACACUUAAUUUAUUUAAUCUAAUUUUUUAAUCAGUAACUGCUAAUUAAAUUUUUCAGUUGGAUCUUUAUCUAUAAAUUCAAUCACUGUCUAGAAUAUCAGAUUGGAAGAAAAUUCAAGUCUUAUAUAUCUACCAUGUAUUAAUUAAUCUCAAAUUUUUAAUCUAAUAUUAGAUAAUUCAAUGAUAUUUCUUGGUUCAAAAUUUUAUUCCUCAAAUAUUAUUCAUCUUCAAGAUUGGAUCAUAAAUAAUACAAAAGUUGCAAAUAGCACCUUAAUAUCCAAUAAUGUUGAUUACUCAAAAUCAAAUUAAGCAAUUUUAUCAUCCUCAAGUCCAAUUGUGAAAAACUGUUCAAUUAUAAAUGUCUAAUAUGACAAUGACUAAUAAAUUUUGGUAAUUAUUAAAUAUAAAGUGAUAAAAAGUUAAAAGUUUGAAUUAAGAGGAUUAAUAUUAUAAAAUUGUUUUAAAACCUCUAGAGAUUAAGAAAAACAGACUUCUUAUGAACAAUCAAUGAUAUUUAUUGAAUGCUAAAUUUGUUAUUUGGAAGAUAUAUAAAUUUUAAGAAGACAUGGAUUACCUGAACUAACUAUAAUGAAUUCAGAAUAAUUAGAGAUUAGAAAUCUAACAAUUUCUUAAAAUUAGUAUUUUUUACCAAAGUCCCUUCAUUCGAAUAUAGAAUGUGUUAAAUAGUAUACCUUUUUUGACAUGUAUUUUUACUUAUAUAUUGGAUAAUAUUAGAAUGUACUCAUAGAUUAGUUAAAGAUAUCAAAUAGCUUGAGCUUCAAUAAUCCAUUUAUCGUUUUCUCAGGUUAUGAUAUAAUGCUAAAAAUUCAUUCUGAAAAAAUAACAAUUUAAAAUGUAAUAAUAACUUCAAAUAUGCUUAUUAUAUUUGAUGCAAAUCAACAUGCAUCUUUGAUUUCAAUUAUAUCAUAAUAGUAAUCAUCUGUAAUGUUAUCUAAUAUUAAUUUUACUAAUAACCAUUUGAAUGAAUAUUAUGAAGAUCUAACUAGAGCUUCUGCUACAACUAUGUAUAUUUAAUUAUAAUUUGGAACUGUUAUUAUAGAUAACUGUAUCUUCUUUUAAAAUAUUGUAACUAACUCAAGUGAUGCAAUACUUUAUGUAAAAGCCUUCAGUUUAUUAUUAAGAAAUUCUUUAUUUCAAAAUAGUGGUUUAAUUAAUGUUUCUCAUUUAAGUUAACAUUUAAUAUUUUCUGAAUUCCAAGAUUUAAGUGAAAAUAAUUAUAAUGUCAUAUUUCCCAUUAAAUCAAGUGGAGGUAAUGGAUUUUUUAUAAUCAGUAUUUUAGAAAUAAAUAAUAUAACUAUUAAUACUUCCCACUCAUAUAAUGGUGGAGGAUUUUAAAUUAAAACACAUGGAACAAGUUUAAUACAUAUAAAUAAUUCACUAUUUUAUAACACAAUGACCUCAUUAGAACAUUCAAUUUAUUCAAUGGGUGGAUGUUUUCAUAUUGAUGCAUCAUUAUCUAAAUUUACUUUUAAAUUGCAUAAUUCUAUAAUAGAUUCUUCUUAUAGCCGAUAUGAUGGAGGAGCUAUUUAUAUUAUUCCAUCCCUCAGUUAUAAUUGGAUUGAAUAUCAUAAUUUAAUUGUUACGGACUGCUUUUCUCUAUAAAACUCAUUUUUCUCAUAUGUUCUUUCAAAGAUUGAAACUAUUUUUUCAAGUAUAAUUUUUUAAAAUAUUUAAUUUUACUCAACAGAAUAUGGUUUUUAAUAAUACUUUUCAUAAAUCUCAGAUUUAUCUGAAGAUGAUGCUUCUAAUAUUGCUAAAUCUAAUCCUAUGAUAUUCGUAUAAUAUGGAAACAUUACAAUUUUAAAUUGUAGCUUUCUCUCUACUUAUAUUUAAUUUUUCUUAAAAAUUGAAUAGGCCGAAAAUGUGGUUUUAUAAAAUGUAAAAGUUAUUAAUUGUACUGUAUUAUAGUCACCAUUAUUUAAAUUUAAUUUAAGAUCAUGUAAAUCAUUUUAUUUAUUAUUAGAGCUUUCUGGGUAGUUAUAGAUUUCUAAUUUAUAAUUAUCUAAUAUAAUUCAGAUAAAAAAGGAAAUUUAGGAUUCUUGCAUUUUGAAAAAUUAUACCAUUAAAUCUGGAUUAUAGUGUCCAGCUUAAUUACCUUAAGUACCAUUUUAUUAUGAUGAAGAGGAUUAGACACAAUAAAGAAAAUUGCAAUUAGAUUGUAAUUAGUUUUUAAUUUACACCAACAGUAAGAUGAAUUAUAGUUUAAUUGAGAUAGACAAAUUUAAUAAAAAUCAUAAACUAAUUGUUGAAAAAAUGCUUUUAUCUAAUAUUUAUUGUGAAACCUGCGAAUAUGGUUUAUUCAGAAUUCUUUAAAUUGAAAAUAAAGAAUAGGAAAAUUUUAAGUUUUCUUAAGUUAUUAUAAAAAAUUGCAUUUGUGGAAUUACAGGGUGCUUAUCUAUUUUAAAAAGAUCUGAUGAAUCAAUCUUUAAAAAUAGUUUAUUAGAAUCAGCAAGAUUGCUACAAUAAUAAAAUUAUGAUUAAUUACAUUUUAAAUAAAAUCUAUAAAUCAGUAUUUUAGAUAGUACAUUUUUAAAUAAUACUGCUCUUUAUGGAGGAUCAUUGUUUAUAUUUGAAGUUGGCAUAUUAAUUAAAAAUUGUAUUUUUUAGAACAACUCUGCAUAAAUAGGAGGAGCAAUCUAUUUUUAUUCGUAAGAAGCAUAAGUAUUAAUUCUGAAUUCAUAAAUAAUAUAAAACGCAGCUAAAAUAGCUGGAGGAGUAUUUUUAAAUUAAUAAUCACUUUAAUUAACAAAAGAAUUAGAUUUUUAAUUAUCAAACAACAAUUCCACUAUGUAUGGGAAUGAUAUAUUUGAAAAACCAAGAUCAUUAACUUUAUCAGUAGAUGGGGGCAAAACUGUUUUUGGAAAAACUCUUUAUGACUCUUCUAACGAUGAAAUUAUAGAAUAAAUUAUAAACAAUCCUUAUAAAGCUUUUGGUUAUUCAUAAACAAUGCGAUAUUUAACAAUGCCAACUGGUAGAUCUAUUGGGAGUUAUUAAUAUUUUGAUUAUCAUACUUCAAUUAUGAUUCCUUAUAAUUUAACUUUUAGGAUAAUUGCUUUAGAUAAAUUUUUAAAUUAAAUCAAAGGAUUAUCAAAUACUUUUUGUACAAUAAAUUCUAAGACAUUUAAUACGACUUCCUAAAAAGAGGAACCAAAUUUUAAUUAUAAUUUGUCUAUCUAAAAUGUUACUUUUAAUGAAAUAACAGGAGAUUAUAAUUUAGACGAUUUAAUUAUAUAUUUUAAACCAAAUUUGACUAAUGAUCUUGUACUUUAAUUAACAAUUUAAUGUAAUUCCAUCAGUGUUCCCUAGUAUGAGAAUGAACCACCAUUUAAAAUAAAUAAUACAAUAACAAAUUACAAAUUGUUAGUAAAUAUAAAAACAUUUCCAUGUUAAUUAGGAGAAUUUCUGAAUUCAACAUCUGGAGGUUGUACAUUGUGUGAUACAUUUUAAAACUAAUAUUAAGUUUAAUGGAAUGCAUAAAGUUGUAGUUAUAAAGAUGAUUUAAAAAUGAAAUCAAUACAAUCUUCAAUGAUAGAAUUAAGAUCUGGUUAUUGGAGAGCUUAUUAUUAUAGUCAAAUAAUUGAAUAUUGUUAUCAUUUACUUGAAAAUUGUUAAGGUGGUUGGAAACCUGGAGAUUAUUCAUGUACUUAAGGACAUAUUGGAGCUUUAUGUGAAUAAUGUGAUCUAUACGAUACCAUUGGAUUAGGCUCAUAUUCUGUUAGUUCUAAAUAUUCUUGCGGAAAUUGUAAUCAAAUAGCAUUCAAUAUAAUUUCUAUUAUAUUAAUAACUUUAUGGACUCUAAUUUCCACUUUGAUGUCUGUUAGUAGUACUGUUGAAAUGAUUGAUGAAUUUAUAAUUGGACUUAAAUUAAAGGUUUUUGGGGGUGGAAGUACUCUUUAAAAGACUUCAUCAGCUAUUCUUAUUAAAAUAUUUACUAACUAUCUCUAAAUUAUUUCAACAAUUUUUACAUUCUAACUUUAAGUUCCUAUUGAAUUGACCUCUUUUAUCAAUAGCGUUGGAAAUCCUAUAGAAUCAAUGGCGUAUUCUUUAGAUUGUUUUUUAGUUUCCAGAUCAGAUAUUUUAAUCAUCUAUUUCAGAAUUAUUUGGUCCUAAAUUAUGGCUACUUUAUAUAUUACUAUUUUUUUUACUUUAGGAGGGAUAGCUAUAAUAACUAAACUAAUUAAGUUUGAAUUCUCAUAUAUAUCUACAACUCUGAUAUAUUUAUUUAUUUAUUUAUAACCUAACAUAAUUGGAGGGCUAAUAUCCCUUUUAUCUUUUAGAAAAAUUUCAGGAGAAUUAUGGAUUUAAGGAAAUGUUGCUUAUAGAUAUGAUACAAUUUCUCAUGCUUAAUGGAUGAUUAGCUUUUGUUUACCACUGAUAAUUAUCUUUGGUUUUAUUCUCCCUUUUUUCCUAUGGUAUGGUGUACAUAAAAAUAGACAUUCAUUAGAUAAGACCUAAGUUAGAUAAACUUGGGGCUAUUUGUACAACGAAUAUAAACUUAAUACUUAUUAUUGGGAAACAAUUAAAAUUUUUUAAAAACAAAUAAUUAUUAUUGUCCUAACAUAUUAUGAUGAUUACAUACCAAUUAAAGCCUCUAUUGUUUUUCUUAUGGAAUUUGGAUAUAGCUAUUUGGCAACAUCUUAUAAACCUUAUCAGACUGGAUAAUUAAAUUAAUUAGAUGCUCAGUCUACAGUAGUUUGUGCUGUUUCAAUAAUUUUAGCUAGUUCAAUCUAUGCAGCUUAAUAAUAAUAAAUUUAAGAAAUUUUUUGGCCUUUUUAUGUUAUCAUAGGUCUUUUAAACUCUUUAUUUAUUUUGACAAUGAUUUUAUAAAUUUUAUUCACAAAUUUCAAAAAAUUAGAUGAAAAAUUAGAUACAAUAAAAGAAAUAAUUGCUAAGAGAUUUCCAUACUUUGUAAAUUCUCAUCCGUUUAUAAAAAAGUUAUUCAAAAAUAGAAAAUCAAAAAAAUCCAGAAUUUAAGAGAGAUUUAAUAAAAUUAAAUUAUAUCUAAAACCUUAAGUAAGAAAAAUUUUAGAAUUUAAAAAGUAAGAGAAUUUAUAAAUUUUAUAGGAUGAAUAAUUUUUAAUUGCCUGGUACAACAAAUACUUAAAAGUCUGAAGAAACUGAGAGGGAAGAUGAUUCAUAAUAUCGAGCAUUAGAUAGUUUAUCUAAGUAAAAACAAAGAGAAGCAAGAACUUUUUAAAUAAUAUAGUCUUCAAGUUAUGCUGCAAAUGAUAAAACAUAAUUUUUUUUAUUUCCCAAAACUAGAAUUAAUCAAGAAGUGAAAUGAGAUUUUGAC